ACAAUGGCUCUCCAAGGAAACUCUUGGAUGUGCUGAAUCUCAAAAAAAAAAACUACAAUCUCGAAUUUUAUGAGACACCGGUGAGUUAGUUAUACAAGAAUAUUAUGCAAUGAUUCUGGUGCUACCGUUAUUGCUUUCACUCAUCGCUACUGCAAAGGCCGGAUUUCGGGAAACACCUGCGAAUCAGUCCGUUCUACUCGGACAAGAUGCUUUAUUUCGAUGUGUAGCUGAAAAAUCACCGAUGAGCUCGGAAUUAUAUAGUCAAUGGCGCAGCAACACUGGAUCACUUCUCGGAUUUCAUGAAGCUGGUCAGUUGACUGGUCAUCAAGGACGUUAUAGCUAUUUGAAGUCGUCUCGAGAAGAACUGCAUUUGCGCAUAGAACGAGUGAAUCUAGAAGAUGAUGGGCAAUUCGAAUGUCAAAUGCUUCGUCCGGAUGAGGGUCCAAUACGAGCGGCUGCCUAUCUCAAUGUUAUAGUGGCACCGAUACACGUGCACUUCACCAAUUAUAAAUCCGGGGCCGUUAUCGACGUUAACGAGGAGAUUUCGCUGAAUGUCACUUGUGUUGUACCGAAUGCAAAACCGGAAGCGUCCAUUGCCUGGUAUAUCAAUGGGAGAAGAAUCGAAGAGGGUGUUCAGCGAUGGAGUUCGUAUAAUCUUAACAAGACUGUGUCAAGCUAUGCAGCAUUACAGUGGAGGCCAAGACGAAGCGACUACAGAAAGGUGUUAACGUGCGAAGCAAACCAUCCAGAGAGUCAUUCCCAAAUUCGCACCAAUCUCACGCUCAACGUACUCUAUCCACCUGAUCAGCCAAAAGUUUCGAUGGUCGGUGAUUCGUACGUUCGUGCCGGCGAUAACGUAACUCUGGCAUGUGUGGUCACAGGAGGCAAUCCACCGCCAGAAGUUUCGUGGUACUUGAAGGAUCGUCUGCUGAGUGCUCGAUAUCAAUACGAUCUUCAAACACAGGAAAGCAGAAAUACGUAUUCGUUCUUGGCAGAACCGGAGGACAAUUUGGCAAACUACGAAUGCAGAGCAUCAAACAGAAAAGGCCAGGAGCCCAAAACCACAACAAUCCACGUCAAAGUUGCCUAUGCUCCACAAGGAGUGGAAGUGAUGGGUGAAAGUAACAUACGUCAGGGCAGUGUCACAAUGGUCCAGUGCAGAACUAAGCCAUCAAAUCCAGCAGCGAGAAUCUCAUGGCUUGUCAAUGGACAUCCUGUGCCAGCAAGUCCACAGAGCGAACAUCAACAGGCCCAUGGCACCAUAUCCAUCUCAAACUUGACCAUAAACACCAACGAAGUUAUUAUUGGAAAACAUCGCAUGACUGUUGAGUGUAAUGCAAGAAACGAUGAGGGCACCGCUUCAAAGCAACACACAAUCAAAAUUCUUGCUCCUCCUAUGCCACCUCGAAUAACAGGAUUGGAAGAGGGUAUCCAUCUAGAAGGGAGUAUUCUAAAUGUGACUUGCGAAGCCCAUGGAGGCAACCCACUCGCUGAUAUCUCCUGGUAUAGAGGCUACGAUAAACUGCCUGGUGCUCGUUCCUCCGUUUCUGGGGACUCAGCAAUAUCUUUCCUCUCACUUACUCUCGAACGCUCCAUGAAUGGUCAACGGCUCAAAUGUGAAGCGAUGAACUCAGCAAUGGAUGAGCCUCUGAUUGAUUCGAAGCAAUUAAAUGUGUUGUUUCAACCAAGAAGAGUUGUUAUUCGAACGCCUGAAGGAAUGCGACAUCAACUACUCGCUGGAGAAGAAGCUAAGCUUCAUUGUCUUUCUUCUGGAUCAAAUCCACCAGCUCAUAUCACUUGGAACCUUUACCCGAACGGGGAUCUUACACCACUUGUUUUCACUGGAGAAGUUAUUUUGAACGAAACUUCCCGUGAUUCUGGCUAUACUGUGGAAAAUGCCAUUACUUUCACACCAACCGAAGAGUACGAUGGGACGUUGAUACGAUGCAUAGCGAGCAAUCCCUUGUGGCCAGUGUCAAAGAAUGUCACAUAUCCUCUAAACGUGCUUUAUGCCCCACGGUUGUUGGUGAACAGUCCGAUAACCGUUGUAGUAGCUGAAGGAGAUUCGUUUCGGGAGAAUUUGACAGUCAAAGGGAACCCACCAGUGUCAGCAUGGAGAUGGAGAAAGAAUGGUGUUCCAUUCGAUCAUACAAUUGGAAAUGUUUUCGCUCGAGGUGCUACGCUUUCUGGAAGGAACGUGAAGAGCACUGAUGCGGGAAUGUACACGUUAUUUGCUGUCAACAGUGUAGGAACGGCUAAUGUAACGAUUCAACUAACUGUUGAGUAUAGUGCCAGGAUUACCAGCAUCUCUUCGCCAAUUAUAGCAUCUGAAGGUGAAACGGUAGUUAUGGAAUGUGAAGCUGAUGGUGAGCCAAGAAGGCCGAAUAUGGUUAAAUGGUUGAGAAAUGGGCAUGAGGUCCCGGCAGUGAAAAGAAGCGACACGCAUGUUACUUUACGACUAAAUGCUUCUAAAGAAGCUGCUGGCCAAUAUGUCUGUCAAGCAGACAACGGUAUCGGUUUUCCUGGAGAAGGCACUGCUUACCUUUUGGUUAAUACCGCUCCGAAGAUACUGACGUUACCAUAUCUCUCUAGAGCUGCUGGACCACUCGGAGGACGAGCUCGGGUUAGGUGUAGAGCACAUGCUGUGCCAGACGCCGAUUUUGUUUGGGACCGAGCUGGAGAGAUCAUACAAGGGAAUAACACUAAAUAUGGAAUGUCAACUAUACAGCUGGAUUAUUCCACGUUUGAGAGCAACCUAUGGAUCAGCAAUAUUUCACCCGAUGAUUAUGCCAGAGAAAUCAGUUGCACAGCAAGAAAUAGCUUUGGCACGGAUAGUAUACAUAUUCCAAUCGGACCUCCCUCUCCUCCGGAUGCACCGCUUGACAUCCAUGUGACGAACACAACAUCAAAUACCAUUUCUAUCUCUUGGACACCAGGAUUUGAUGGAGGAUUCGAGCAAACAUUUGAAGUUAGAUAUCAAAAAGAUGGCGAAGAUACCAUGCAUGGGAUCAACACUUCUCACUCGAAUCUCCGAUUAUCUGGCUUGGCUCCUUCUUCUGUUUAUUUAUUCCAAUUACGUUCGAUCAACACCAGAGGAUUUUCGUCCGAGUUAACCCGACCUCCAGCUGCUUUUGCCACUCUAAGCGAGGAUGGCUCGACUGUAGCUGUUAUUGCUGGAAAGAAAGAGUCAAUACCUCGACCGAUAAUUAUGCUCCUCGCCAUUGGUGGUACACUUUUACUGCUGUUUAACUGCCUUCUUCUUUGUUAUCUUCAACGACGAAACAAGAAAAAGAAGAUCCAGGAAAAAACCGAAAUGGUGCGAACGGCGAUAAAUGGGGAAGGAGUAAGGCCGGUGCAGAUGUAUGGAACAAUGCUGCAGGCGGAAGGAGCCGUGCAUUGCGAGCGAGAAGAACAUGACAUACCGGAGGCAAGUGAAGAUGACCACAGUGUACGCACAAUGAUCGAAGUGAAUCCAAACGGCUACAUGCAGCAGAUCGAUCCAUCACUUUACGAACGAAAUUGCUUGAUGGAGUACGAGUUCGAUCCCCGGGACUACCCGAGCAGCAGGCACGGGACAAUGGGCAGAAGUGGAACAGGCACGUACACUAAUAUGCCCUAUCCAGAACCUCCCCACGACACCUCAAUCCCACAACAUCUUCUGUCAACGUUCAUUCAACCGAGCGGCGUUCGUGCAGGUCCAUUAUCGUACUCUCAACUGGACGGCGAUUUGGUCUAG